AUGGCGCCCCACCCAACAGUAAUAGAGAGAAAGAAGAGAAAAUACUCCAUAAACUGGCCUAGGCAAAAGAGAGACAUGAAAAUUCUGAACAUUACUGCGGAAGACUCCCAGCCAGCUGGCCAGCAAGCUUGGCCCUCGUCUCGUGUCCAGUCCCAUACAGGUAAAGAAAGGGGGGAAACAGAUCUGCGUACAAGGCAACUUUUUGCAAACAACAAACACUUUAGUCUACUAUCCGCCUCUGGUCUGAUUAUACAACUUCUUUUUGGGCGAAUCUUACGCGCCCACCGACAAAACCCAACCCAACUAAACCUAACCGUCGCACAGACUGAACACGCACUCAUGCAUCCACAGCUUAGUUAUGGUGGCAAUUCGGGGGAAUUACACCGUUUGUGUGGUGGCACUUCGGUUUUACCUCAUAGGAAGUUACUAGUAGUACUCCGUAACUAUCCAUUUAUCUGGGUUAUUAAGGGCUGGUUUGGAUGGCUCGUCCGUUGUAUUGACACCACAUACUGUAAGAGGCAGGUACAACAGGUUGGAAGGAAAAAGAAGGAUAAGGCAACCCACGCAAGCAAGGAAAAGAAUCCAAGUCAUCAGACAGUCCACAACCCACCCUGCAAUAUGGUUGGUAACCCUGCGGGCUUCUCCUGGGUGGGUAGCAAGUUGUUUCUAAAUGCGGUUCAUGCUUGCUUCUUCUUGUCCAAGUUUUAUCGACUUCUUGAUUGGGCACGGGAGACUGAAUCAAGCAUUAUCUACCUAGCAAUUACCUCUUGCAUGCGCAGUGGACCAAGAAACCUGGUUGUUUCUUGGCCUGUCAGCGAUUAA